CUGGUUUUCCUCAUUAGACUGAAGUUCUCUCUGAGGAAACUUCACCUCCUCACUCUCCUGAUUGUUUCUCCAGGUGUUUCAGAUCUACAGUUUGAAGACGAGUGGUGAAGUGCAGGAGCUGACAGACGCUGCAGAAACACAUGCUGAUUGGAUCAAAGCUCCACUGAGAGGAGAAAUGGCGCAGAAAAGAGUAAAACUGGACCGAGAAACCUUCUCUUGUUCCAUCUGUCUGGAUCUACUGAAGGAUCCGGUGACUAUUCCCUGUGGACACAGCUACUGCAGGAACUGUAUUAGAACCCACUGGGAUUUGGAGGAUGGAAAGGAAAUCCACAGCUGCCCUCAGUGUAGGCAGACCUUUAGACCGAGGCCAGUCCUGGUGAAAAACACCAUGUUAGCAGAUUUAGUGGAGGAACUGAAGAAGUCUGGACUCCAAGCUGCUCCUGCUGAUCACUGCUAUGCUGGACCUGAAGAUGUGGCCUGUGAUGUCUGCACUGGGAGAAAACUGAAAGCCCUCAAGUCCUGUCUGGUCUGUCUGGCCUCUUACUGUGAGAAACACCUUCAACCGCAUUAUAAAUCCUCUGCCUUUAAAAAACACAAGCUGGUGGAGCCCUCCAAGAAGCUCCAGGAAGUGAGUCGACAAAACAUCCAGCAGAGAAUCCAGGACAGAGAGAAAGAUGUGAAGGUGCUUCAGCAGGAGGUGGAGGCUAUCAAUGGCUCUGCUGAUAAAGCAGUGGAGGACAGUGAGAAGAUCUUCACCGAGCUGAUCCGUCUGAUGGAGAAAAGAAGGUCCGAUGUGAAGCGGCAGCUCAGAUCCCAGCAGGACACUGAAGUGAGUCGAGUCAAAGAGCUUCAGGAGAAGCUGGAGCAGGAGAUCACUGAGCUGAAGAGGAAAGACGCUGAGCUGAAGCAGCUCUCACUCACAGAGGAUCACACCCAGUUUCUACACAACUACCCCUCACUGUCAGCACUCAGUGAAUCUACAGACUCAUCCAGCAUCAAGGUCCGUCCUCUGCGCUACUUUGAGGACGUGACAGCAGCUGUGUCAGAAGUCAGAGAUAAACUACAGGACGUUCUGAGAGAGAAAUGGACAAACGUCUCACUGACAGUGACUGAAGUGGAUGUUUUACUGUCAGAACCAGAGCCCAGGACCAGAGCUGACUUCUUAAAAUAUUCAUGUGACAUCACUCUGGAUCCAAACACAGCAAACACACAUCUGUUAUUAUCUGAAGGGAACAGAAAGGUAACAGCAAUGAAUGAAGAACAGUCUCAUUCUAGUCAUCCAGACAGAUUCACUAGAUGUUUUCAGGUCCUGAGUAGAGAGAGUCUGACUGGACGUUGUUACUGGGAGGUGGAGUGGAGAGGGAGAGGAGUUCAUGUAGCAGUUGCAUACAAGAAUAUCAGCAGAGCAGGGGACGAAGGUAGAUUUGGAAGCAAUGACAAAUCUUGGGCGUUAUAUUGUGACACAAACAGUUAUAUCUUUUUGUACAACAAACUCUACACUCCCUUCUCAGGUCCUCGGUCCUCCAGAGUAGGAGUGUACCUGGAUCACAGUGCAGGUAUUCUGUCCUUCUACAGCAUCUCUAAAACCAUGACUCUCCUCCACAGAGUCCAGACCACAUUCACUCAGCCUCUCUAUGCUGGACUUUGUCCUUCUCUUGGAAGCUCUGCUAAGUUCUGUAAGCUCAAAUAGUCAGAAGUCAUUUCAGGGACAGUUGGUUAAAUCCUGUGUUUUAAUCCUUAAACUUCUUUUGUCUUCAUGUUUGUUGCUGAGAGCUGAUUGUUGUGGCAUUUCUUCACUGCACAGAGAUCAGCUGUCAAUCAAACAUUGUGGGCGGUACUUUGACGUCUUCUCAUUAGUUGCUGUGUAAAUGUUUGAGUUUCUUUAGGUGGAGCUCCUUCCUGUGUCUGUUUAGCCAUGGAGGCUAUCACUGCUCAGGAUGACUUUUGUUCACCUGAAUUGACAUUUCUCUACAUGAAAAUGGAAACUUCAACCCCCCACACGUCCACCAUUGUGUCCCUGAGCAAGAAACUUAACUCCUAGUUGCUCCAGAAGCGUGCAAACUCUGAUAUAGCAAUUGUAAGUCAUUGUAAUGCUCUAAAUGUUUGGUGAAUAUUUGAACUGAUGUAGUUGAGAUUUUUCUCAAACACACUGAUUGUGUGGAUGAAGUGAAACUGAACAAGUCAUUUAACAGACUUUACUGAAGGGAUGUGUGAGCAAACUGAAGGUUUACAUGAUGAAUAAACAAACAUGUUUACACAUUAAA